AAGAGUAUUUUAGUAAUUCAAUUUAUAUAAUAAUCAACGUUUUUGUGUCCGCUGUUGUGUUUGUCUGGCUUUCACCUAACCGGAAAAGAUCGCAAAAGGUCUGUAGAUUCCAUGGCUUUACUGUGUGCAAUAAUUUGAGACCUGUAUCGAAAUUUUUGGUGUUCUAUAUGAGGAUUGGUUAACUACGUGAUGGCAGACUUACCAGGUCAUGUUCGUGCCUGUUUGCAUACCGGGAAACUUGCUUGCUUGGCAAUCUUGGUUUCUGGUGGAAUUGUAUUACAAAUUUUGGCAUGUGCAUUGUACAAUAAUUGGUGGCCUAUGCUAAGUGAUGAGAGCUUUACAUUCAUUCAGCCCGUGCUCUUUAGAAUCUGUGUUUCUUCCUCAAUAAUAAUGUAUGUGCUUCUUCCUAUGCCAUUGCUUUUCUUUGCUGGCUCCGAUAGUAGUUCUCUUAUCUCAGAAUCUGACAACAGUUGGGUCAAUGCAACCAAGUUUUUGACAGGGGCCUCAGUAGUUGGAAGCAUAGCUAUACCAGUAAUCUUGAAGCAUGCUGGUGUAAUUGGCUGGGGAGCACUAGCAAUGGAGCUUUCUUCAUUUUUUGUCUUUGUGAUAGCCAUUAUGUGCUACAUAGGCAUGAAUGAUGACGGUGGUGGUUACAGUAUUCUGUAAAACAUGACCGGUUGAACGCUAAAUAAAUGUUGAUUUUUUCGUGCCAUUACAUGAUUUCUUGUUGGUGAUGUAUCUUAUAGAGUAAGACAAACUUGAUAUUUUUCCGAGUUGAGUGACAUUUUUGGUGCAUGAUGAUUGUCUUUGGGUUAUAGGUGUUCGAAAAUGAUUUGUCUUGUACAGAAACUGAACAUGAGAAGCCAUUCUGUAAUCUCUGUACCAAAUUUUUUGUGAUUUGAUUAGUUGAAUUGUUGGGUUUUGUUUUGUUCAGAGUGUAACAAAUAUAAAAUUUAAGGUUGAUUUGGUCA